AUGACACCGGCGGGCAAAGUACAAUUAGCGGUUACUAAUAAUAAUGAGUCAAGGUCGUUCUGGGCGUACGUUAUUCCGAACGGCGGUCCGCCUUUAAUAGGCAGGAACGAUAUAGUUUCGCUAGGUAUCGAAAAUAUAUAUUCAUGUAAUUUCAAUGCUGAAACCAUAGACUCAAUUUUGGGUAAGUACAAACAGUUAUUCGAACCGGGACUCGGCACUUUUAACGCGUAUACCAUAUCGUUAAAAUUGAAGCCAGGGGCUAGUCCGAAAUUUUGUAAGCACCGUGCGGUUCCUUUAGCCCUUAGAGACAAGGUAAUAACCGAGAUUGAACGUUUAGUAGAAAAUAACACGUUGAUUCCAAUCGAUAGUUGCGAGUGGGCGACACCGGUAGUACCAAUUUUAAAAGGUGACGGGUCGGUGAGAUUGUGUGGCGACUAUAAGAUAACGAUAAACCCGGUUUUAAACGGCACGGAAUACCCGCUACCUAAGAUAGAACACCUUUACGCUAAGAUUGCGGGCGCGAAGUAUUUCUCCAAAAUAGAUUUGAAAGAUGCGUACCAGCAACUACUUCUUGAUGACGACUCACAGCGGUUCACAACAAUUAACACAAUUAAAGGUUUGUUUAAAUAUACGCGGGUUCCGUUUGGGUUAAAGUCAUCAGCGGGAGAGUUCCAAAGGGCAAUCGAAAGUGUUACUAGUAAAGUAGAAGGAGUUGAGGUCUUUAUAGAUGAUAUUAUAGUAUCUGGUAGUACGGUAGCGGAGCAUAACGCGAGACUCAAUAAGCUACUAAAUUGGUUAAAUACGGCGGGUCUGAAAGUUAAGAAAGAAAAAUGCAACUUUCUACAGAAAUCAAUCGAAUACCUAGGACACAAAAUCGACGGGGAGGGCCUACAUACGUUAAGCAAGCACGUCAACGCAAUCAAAGGGGCACCAGCACCUCAAAAUAGGUCAGAGUUGAAAAGUUUUUUAGGGCUAGUUACGUAUUACGCGAAGUUCAUAAAAAACGCGGCCCAGGUACUCACACCGUUGUACAACCUGUUGAGAGAGAACGUAAAAUGGUCGUGGUCGCGAGACGCAAGCCAGGCAUUUAAUGAUAUAAAACGAAUAUUAUCUUCUAAACCCGUAUUAGACCACUAUAACCCAAAUAUACCGAUUAAAUUAAGUGUAGACGCCUCUUCGUUCGCAAUAGGCGCGGUGUUAUCGCAAAUAUACGACAACAAGGCGGAGAGACCGGUGGCAUACGCUUCGCGGGUCUUAUCCGAUACCGAGCGCCGGUAUCCACAGAUAGAGAAAGAGGGUUUAGCCAUUAUAUACGGCAUUCAAAAAUUUUAUGACUACCUGUACGCCCGCAAGUUUACGCUAUUAACGGAUCACAAGCCACUGUACCAUAUAUUCGGGGACAAAAAGGGCAUCCCGAUGUACGCCGCGAAUAGACUGCAAAGAUGGGCAUACGUGUUAUCAGCAUUUGAUUUCGAGAUAGUCUUCGUUAAAUCCGAACAGAACCCGGCAGAUUUUUUAUCGCGAAUAAAGCUUGAUAAUUAUGGUAUCAGUCCCCCCGAACAGCAAUGCGUGAAUUUUAUACACGAUAAUUGUCCGUUUAUAAUUAAUUGGCAUAAAAUAAAAACACAAACGCGCGUCGAUAGCACCUUAUCGCGUGUAAUUAGAGCCAUUAACACCGAUAAUUGGCCGACGGACGCGCACAAGGACGCGCACCUAAAACCGUAUUUCUCGCGCAAACAUGAAAUAACGACUGAACAAGACUGUCUCAUGUGGGGGUAUAGAAUUAUAAUUCCCGACAAGUUCAGAGCGGCAUUAUUGCGAGAGUUACAUUCUGUACAUUCGGGUAUGAGCAGCAUGAAAGCAAUAGCACGCUCGUAUUUCUGGUGGCCAAAGCUCGACAGCGACAUCGAGGACAUAGCGCGUAGGUGCGAAAAUUGUAUCCAAAUAAGACCGGCACCGCCGAGGGCCGUACUCUCCCCGUGGAAAUGGCCGGAGCAACCGUGGACACGUUUGCACGUGGAUUUUUUAGGUCCUUAUAAAAAUAAGAACUUUCUGGUUGUCAUCGACGCGACUUCGAAAUGGCUCGAAGCAUUCGAAACAAAUUUGUGUACGGCGAGUACCGUAAUAACUAAAAUGGAAGAAUUGUUCGCGCGUUUCGGAGUUCCCAAGUCGAUCACGUCAGACGGGGCAAAAUGCUUCACGGGGUCCGAAUUUAACAGAUUCUGCACCAACGGGGGUAUUAAGCACUUAGUAGGAGCACCGUUUCAUCCAGAAACAAACGGCGCGGCCGAGUCGGGAGUCAAAAUCUUAAAAAAUUUUUUCAAAAAAAAUAAAACUACCAGCACAUCGUUAAUGCAGAAAUUUUUAUUGUUAUAUCGCAAUACGCCCCAUUCCACAACACAACAGUCACCAGCUAAACUAUUGUUAGGUCAUAAUACGAGAACACCGUUUGACGCACUAAUCCCCGAUACAAAAGAUGUAGUGAGCGACAAUCAAACCGCCCAAAUUAAACGUCACGGUAAACGACAACAUAACAUAGGAACGGGCGAUUCCGUGGCCGUGCGCGAUUACCGGGACAAUGAUAGAAAAUGGGCAAUGGGCACGGUGAAAGAUAACAUAGGAAAAAACGUUUUCGAGGUGGAAACGGAGGAGGGGGACGUGUGGAAAAGACACUCAGAUCAAACUAUAAAAAUCCCUACUAAAGAAACAGCAUCAAAGGGAGAGACGGAUAACACCACGGUGACUGAACUGAUAGACGAACCGGUUAAGCCAAAUAACAACGAUUCGGCAUCAAAAACGGGCAUUAACGUAGGAAGUGUAAGCCCACGGGUAGUUAGAAUAAAAAAAAAUCCCGAACGGUACCAAUCCAUAGAUUUUAGAAAAGAAUAA